AAAAUGGAAGACAGAAAGGAGUUCACAACUCAAGAUGAGGAACCUGAUAGGAAGAUAAGCAUUGUGAAGACAGGUAUUAAGAAAGAAUAUGGACUAUCUCCGUUAUUGAAGGAGAAUCAAGAGAGAAACAGUGUGAAAUAAAAGUAGUCAGAAGAAACUCGCAUUAAAAAGAGGCACAACUUUGUCACCAAAGAAGAAAAAGCCGAAUAGAAGAAAGACUUUUAGAAAAUUAGGUAGUCAAGAGUCUUCAUUUCAACCGACAAUCCGAUUGGUAAAAGCAAGCAAUGAAGUUGAUGAGGAUCUGAACAAAUUUAAUGACAGUUCAGCACUAGAUUCUCAAUUCUCGCCUAACAAAGGAGAUAAGACAAUGAAAAAGUCAUUGUUCGAUUUUCCUUCAGAAAGAUCAAUAGAACUCAACUUCAGUAGAAUGGCAAAAAUGGCUAGCAUGGAGCCAAAUAAAUCUGAUGAGGAUGAUCCAGGAGAGAAAUAUCCAACAGCAAUGGGAAUCAGGUUUGCCAAAAUCUUCCAACAAAAAGUCGAGUUAUCUAAACUUCGAGAAAGACAAAGAAGAGAUGAAAGGAAGUAUAAAGUUACUGACACAGCAUGUGCAAUAGCUGCGUUUGCCCUAUUAUGUGUCCUAGCUUACGAGAACGAACAAUCAGAGAUCGAAAAGGUCAGAACAGGGAUUGAGAUCUAUUGGGCAAGAAUAGUCAUCAUCUUGUUGACGAUCUUCAUCGAUAUUUGCAUUAUUAUCAGAUACAGGAUUAAAAAACGACUUUCUCCUGAGAUUAAUCAGAAGAAGAAUAUUUUCCAAACAAAGUUGAUCUUCUACAUGCUUCUAGAACUUGCAGUUUGUUCAGUGUGAAUGCCUCCAAAUGUACAUUAUUCCUUCAGUGGAAAGAUGCUCAGUGGCUCGUACACUUACUCUUAUGCACAGAUUAUUAACAUCUUGGGGAUGUGCAAGACCUCUUACCUUAUCGGAAGGGUGUAUUUUCAUUAUAAUCUUUGGAGAAAGAACAGAAAUAGCAGCAUUGCUAAUUCUCAGAAUAUUCGGAUAACAACUCAGUUCAGUCUUAAAGCAGAGCUAAAGUACAAUCCAAUAACUGUUGUUAUCAUUUGAGGAAUCACUACAGUAUUUUACUUCAGUUUUGCAUUCAGGAAUCUAGAAAUUGGGUUUAUCCCAGAUGAUGGGAGAACAUUUGAACUGAACUAUAUUGCCAAUGCUCUUUGGUUAACCAUUGUCACCAUGACAACUGUGGGAUACGGUGAUAUCUAUCCACAGACGCAUAUGGGUCGGUUCGUAGCAGUCCUAUCUUUCUGUUUUGGUAACUUCUUGACUUCUUUCAUUACUGUAAUUUUGUCAACAAAAGCUGACUUGACUGAGCAAGAAAAUAAAGCUUAUUGAAUGAUUAAAAAGCUAGGAAAAUUAGAUAAGGUAGAGAAUUGAGCAGCUAAUGUCAUCAGAAAUGCCUUGUUACUACGACAACAAAACAAGGUUUACAAGCACUAUACAAACCUACACAAGUCGAUUAAAAAGUUUUCUGAAGAGAAAUAAAUCGGCUGCAAGUCAUAACCUGCCUAUCCCAACUAUCUUGCUAAACAUGAUCCAUAAGCACAAGAAAGAUUUCAAGCAGAUAAAGGAGGCCAUUGAAGGAUGUCCCAGAAUGGUAGAAAAACUCAGAGAUGUAAACUCUAAGGUGAAUGAGACCCAUAAUAAGAUGGACAAGAUCAAGACAUAUGAGAAAACACUAGCCAAGUUCUUCCAAGAUUUCAACAACCAAAUCAAUGAACGAAGAUAACAAAGAUUCCACAAGAGUAAAUUCAAGCUUAA